AUGCCAAAUCUGUCUAGAACUCCACUUGUCGUUAUGAAGACAGCACUCGUGUUUCUGCUGGCAGUGUCACUGUCACAGUGUAAACUGCCCUUAACCUUCCUCAAAUUUCAAGCAACACAGUUUCUCAAAAUUAGUAACACCAGCGCAAACUGCGCGACAGAUUUGUCGCUCCUAAUUUCAGAUCUGUUUGAUAUGAAAAUGUGGGCACUCAAAAUGUUUGACGCUACUACUAAACUCGACGCCGGUAUCUUAAGCGGAAAUGUGCAUUUUUUCGGCGAUUACGAUCUAUGUGUGUCUAUUAAAGAAGAGACGAAAACAAGAACUGUCGAAGGAAAAUACUGUUCAGCCAUUAUAACUCUCAACACGUCUUUUGCCGAAGUUCAUCGGCAAAUGCCCAAGUUGAAAAAUUGGGAGAAAACGAUUUUUACAAUGCUUCUACCGGGAGAAUCGAAUGAUGUCCAAGGCAUAGGUGGUUUUAUAGGAAUUUGUGUACCAAAGUCUUGUACGUUAGGAGAUUUAGAAACUCUGACAGGCCACGUGGAAAGCAAAUUUAAAAUACCAAUACAUCUAUCUUUUCGGGAAGAACUAUGCUUGUAUAAAAACAAAUCGGCUAAGAUCAACAAACUAGAUUUAUUAGCAUACUGUAUCUUUAUAUUCAUCGGUGUCGUACUUGUUGCAAGCACCUUCUACGACGUUUAUCUACAGGGUUCGGGGAUUUUUAUGAUUUUCUCAGUGCACACCAACCUGAAGAAAGCUUUGCAUCAAGCGGAGAACAAAAACUUGAGUUGUCUCAAUGGAAUAAAAGUAAUAAGUUGCUUAUGGGUUAUAUACGGCCACACAGCCUUAAUAGGCUCCAUAAUCGCAAAGAAUUUGGUUCAUCGGUUGACAGAGUGGAAGUAUUGGCGUAGUAGUAUCUUUGCGUGCUCCGGGCAUUAUGGCGUUGAUACAUUUUUCAUGCUUAGCGGGCUACUGGUAAGUUAUGGGUAUUUAAAAAAUUCACAGAAGUUGUCCACGAGUUUAAUCGCGUUCUACUUUAAAAGAUUAAGCAGACUUUUCCCAACUGUGGUAAUCGUAGUUAUUAUCCAGACAAGUCUGUUAAAGCUUUUCAUAGACGGACCCUACGGGCAUCUGUUUUUGGAUCUCUUCAUCGAGAAAUGCUACGACAACUGGCCUAGUAUCGUAUUUUUCACUUUUAAUUUUAUGAGAGACUUCAAGUGUGCCAUCAACCACCUGUGGUACUUGUCAAGUGAUACCCAAAUGUAUCUUCUCUCUCCUGCAUUUUUGUUCUUUAUCAGAAAACACCCCAGAAAGGUUAUUGCAGGCAUGGGUGUUACGUUCUUGUUCGCCGUUGGCUACAGUGUAGCUGUUACGUUUAUGAAGAAGCUUGGGUUCACAUACUACGAUUGGAGUAAUGAGUUUGCCUAUUACCUUUCAUUUUCGACAAUCAAUCACUUACCGUCUUGGCUAAUAGGAGUCUUCUGUGGUUAUCUGCUCCAAUUUCAAAACGUCCAAAUUCCGAAAAAAUUGAACAUUUUUCUUUUGUUCGUGUCCUUUUUGUCUAUGAUAUUACUAAUAAUGAAUCAGUUAUCGCUUCUGGAGGGAGAGUACAACGUUUACCGUUUCGCUGUCUGGAACGGUUUAGCUCGGCCAGCGUGGUCUUCAGCCUUAGCGUAUAUAAUAUUUAGCUGUGCGACUGGAUACGGAGGAAUAAUCAAUUCCUUUCUUUCUCAUUAUGUGUUCAAUGUUUUAAGCAAACUUACAUUUGGUAUGUAUCUGGUACAUGUUGGAAUGAUUUUGGUAAUCAUCGGCAACAGUAGGCAGGGCUUGUUGUUCAACAAUCGCCAACUUCUACUUUAUUUUGGCGAAAUGUGCGCUUGCAGUUUACCCUUCGCCCUCCUUGUGCAUCUCACAUUUGAGGCACCUUUGUCAUCCCUGAAGGAUUAUACGUCGAAAGGACAAAAGGUGUUGGCCGAUAAGACUAACUAAAACGAUAUUCCUUAUUCAUUAACUUUGUAACU